AUGACGUCGGAUCGCUACCUCGGUAUGGUGGACUUCGUGUCCUUCGAGGCCGGACUUACGAAGCCGUUGCAGAAUCUGCAGUAUGCUCGCGUGUUGGAACAAAGUUCACAGCCAGACGAAAGCGACGUUUACUGCGGUAUUCCGAGGGGUGGUCUCAGCAGCACUGGCGCUCCCUUCCCUGAGCGUUUUCAGACCAGCUUCGAUGUGCUUCGCGAGGCUGCCGAAGAGCAUCCCGAUUACGACCACCUCGGUGCCCGUGAGAAGAUUGUCAAUGAGAAAGGCGAGGUCACCUUCGGUGAGUACAAGUGGACGUCCCUGAGCUACAGCGUUACGACGGCGAUGGUCAUCGGUACCGCUCUGCUGAAUGAGACGGGGCUCAUUGUCGACACUACGGUGAACGACAAGUUUUUGAAGAGGGCCAAGUUCCUCGGCAUUUGGGCCACCAACUGCCCCUACUGGCUGUUGACUGACUACGCGUGCAUUGCAUAUGGUUUGGUUAGUGUUCCCCUGUACGAGACGUUGGGUGACGAAGCGCUUCUGAAAAUUUUUGAGGAGACGGCCUUGGAAACAAUUUGCAUAGACCCGCCCAAAUUGGUGACUAUACAGCGGCUCAGAGACAAGUUGCCGAGUUUGAAGAAGGUUAUUCUCUUCGAAAAAUUGAGUCCCGAGGAGGAGCGCCUCGUGAAAUCCCUCCGCCUUAAAGCGUACCUGAUGGACGAUCUCAUCGAGAAAUACCGGGAAGUCCCAAUGGCCCCGCCGAAGCGCAAGAGCACCCAUGUGGCUACCAUCAUUUACACAUCCGGGACUAGUGGCAUUCCCAAAGGAGCGAUUCACACAAACCGUUCACUCACCGCUCUGCCGCACCGCAUCUUCACCAGCUGCAACCGCCUGCGCAUCCUCCACGGAUAUACCACGAUCAGCUACCUGCCCCUGUCACACGUUUACGAACGCUUCGUUGAGCACUACACACCGACCAACAGGGGCCGUAUUGGUUACUUCUCGGGCAAUAUCCGCAACGUGCAGGACGACAUGAAGGCGCUGAAGCCCGAUGUGUUUGUGGGCGUGCCGCGUGUGUUCAACAAGAUGCUUGACCGUAUCAAGAGCACCAUCGAUGCUAAGCCGUCGUGGCAGAAGAGGUUGAUAAACUGGGUGGUGGGCAAGAAGAAGGAAAAGAUGGUCAAGCAGCCUGAGAAGCCAGGUCAAUUCAUUUACGACAUAGUGAUCAACAAGAUCAGGGAGGAGUUCGGAGGCAAACUACACAUCAUGGUACUCGGUUCGGCUGCCAUGUGCGAGGAGGACAUCAAGGAGCUGCAGGGCUACCUGGCCUGCCCCAUCUCCGAGGGCUGGGGCACUACUGAGGUGGGCGUUUGUUUCGUCCAGGACUUCCGCGACCCAACCAAGGGGACCAUCGGAGGGCCAAUUGGUGACGUGAUGUUUAAGCUAAAGUCCAUCCCGAGCAUGGAAUACAAUGCUCGCGCCGACCCGCCUCGUGGCGAGCUGUUGGUAAAGGGCAGCGGUUUUAUGUUGGGCUACCUGAAGAGACCCGAGGAAACUGCCGAGGCGUUGGAUGAAGACGGCUGGUACCACACCGGUGACGUGGUGGAGUUGCUGCCCACCAAGGGUCUUAAGAUCCUGGACCGUGCACGCAACUUCUUCAAGCUUAGCCAAGGUGAAUACAUCACGCCCGAGAGACUGGAGGGCCUGUACUCUACUGCCCCGUUGGUGGAGCAGGUCUUCAUCUAUGGUGAGUCCAUUCGUGACCACAUCGUGGGUAUAGUUGUGGUCAAUGUUGACGCCGUGAGGACGUGGGCUAAAAACAACGGCAAGCCCGAAGAAGUCAUGACGUCGCUCCUCAAAGACAAAGCUCUCAUUGAGGACAUUCGCCAGUCUUUCGCUAAAAUUGCAGAAAACCAAAAGCUUAACGGCCUCGAGAAAUUAACCAAGUUCAUGCUUACCGACCAGCCCUUCACCGUAGAGAACGAGAUGUUGACCCCUACAUUCAAGACUGUCCGCAAGAAGGUACGAAGCGCAUAUGAAAAGGAAAUUAACGCUCUGUACGGCGAUAACGCGUAA